AUGAGAAUUGAUGGGUUUUUGCUGGCAGAUCUCUUCCUCAUCCACUACUAUUCCAGAUCAUUCAUCUUUCCUUUCUUAAUCCGUGGAGGAAAAUCAACACCAUUUUUUGUAUUUGUGUCAGCAUUUAUAUUCUGUUUAUAUAAUGGGUAUUUGCAAGGCCGAAGUUUAACUAAUUAUGCAGAAUAUUCAUCCAACUGGCUAACAGAACCACGUUUCAUUCUUGGGAUUGCAGCCUGGCUCGGUGGUCUCCUGAUUAACAUGCACUCUGAUUAUAUUUUGAGAAACUUAAGAAAACCAGGAGAGACUGUAUAUAAAAUCCCAAGAGGAGGAAUGUUUGAAUAUGUAAGUGGAGCUAACUUCUUUGGGGAGAUUAUUGAGUGGUGUGGAUUUGCUCUUGCAUGCAACACAGCAGAAAGUACAGCUUUUGCCAUCACUACAUUACUGCUAUUAGGAAACCGAGCAUAUUGGCAUCACCAAUGGUAUCUCAACAAGUUUGAAGACUAUCCACGUUCCAGAAAAAUUCUAAUUCCAUUUGUGUUCUGAAUUCUGUCAGACUCUGUGCUUUGAUUGUGUAUAAUAUACUACAAUUGCAGGGGGCAGGGGAUGUUAGC